AUGAGCUCAUUUUUCAACUGGUGGAGUGCAAGCUAUACCACGGAAGUACGAUAUUCUAAAGAAUCUCCUCUGGUAGUCACAAAAGAACAACAUUCGAAUACAACCAGUGUCGGUCUACGCGAUUUCGUGGAGCGACGAUGCCCCUCACUCUAUUCGGAGUUUCGUCCCGCAUGGUGGUUGCCAAACGGUCAUAUGCAGACUCUCUAUUGCGUCCUCGGAAAAUUUUCAGCUAGAGAUAAGGUGGUGUAUAAACGGACCCUGCUCCGCCUGCUUGACGGCGGAACCCUGGGUUUAGAUUUCACACCAGUGGAUGACAGCCAUUUGCCACCCGAUACUCCAAUCAUCGUCGUCUUGCAUGGGACUCACAGGAGAGCUAUUCUCUCUCCCGCGUGCAUGCCGGUCCACCAAGGCGGACUUGGAUAUCGUGCAGUCGUGGUUAAUUUCCGCGGAUGCGCAGGAGUCCCGGUUACGAGCCCACAGCUCUAUUCCGCUGGCCAUACAGAUGAUCUCCGUCAAGCUUUAUUCUACAUAUCUCACCGAUACCCGGAGGCACCUUUAUUGGGAUUGUCUUUCUCUCUUGGAGCGAACGUGAUGACACGGUAUGUCGCGGAGGAAGGAGAACGUAGCCGUUUGAAAUCGGCAUGUAUUCUCGGAUGCGUACACAGGCUCUUCGCCACGUAUAUAGGACGUCAUGUUUACUCGAAAGGCAUGGGCCGGAAUUUGGUUAAUCUUCUGAAGCGGCAUCUUGGCACAUUUAACCCCGAUCAUGAGGUCGCUAAAGCUGCCGCUGUGACUAUUGCCCUCACUAAUCCCACGAUCGACUUGUUUGACGAACACUUCACGAGAAUUGGUGGUGGUUCUUCGCCUCCUUGGCCGUUCGCGUCAGCAAAUGAUUAUUAUGAAUAUUCAUCAAGCCACAAUGUGCUCAGCACGAUAAAAAUCCCACUUCUAGCCAUCAACGCUGCAGAUGACCCUGUGGUUCAGGAUGUGCCUAUGGAUGUGGAAGGUGAUGGGUGGGUGAUUAUGGCCCUGACACCCUGCGGUGGACAUCUUGGAUGGUUUGAACCAGACGAGGGAUGGGGACAGGUCAGGCGAUGGAUCAAGCGCCCGGUAGUUGAAUGGCUGCGUGCAACAGGAGAAGACUUUGUUCGUUCGCCUCCACGUUGGCGACCAUUGCACGAGGAGGGCGGCUUUCUCAAAGAGGUUGGCAUCGAUAGGCUAGGGUGCAGAGAACUAGACGGAAGCAAUAUCAUUGUGGGUACAGAGGGAGAGGCCGGGUUGCUGGCUGGGUUGUAA